UUUCUCUACAUUAAUUGUGUUUUGCUGUUCACCCUGAGGAGUAAGCAGGUGUUUUGUGAGACAUCUCGUUACAUCCUGCUGUACAACUUACUCUUUGCAGACACCACUCAGAUGGCAACAUCAGUUCUGCUUUACUUACUGGCUGCCUUACGGAUAAAGCUGAUAUAUUUACCAUGUGGUGUCCUUGUCUUACUCUCAAUUUUGACAUUCACAAUCUCCCCUCUCACCUUGGCUGUGAUGUCACUUGAGAGAUAUGUGGCUGUAUGUUAUCCACUGAGGCAUGCUACUGUCUUCAACAUGAGAAGCACAGGCAUAGCCAUUGCAGUGGUGUGGUCUUUCAGUUUAAUCUACAUCUUCAUUCGUGGUUUCAUGUUGUUAUAUGUGUUGACAGACUUCUCCCUAAUGCAGAUGGGUGUCUUUUGCUCUAAAGAGGCCAUUUUUUAUGCACCAAUAUUUAAUGAUUUUGAAGAAGUGUAUGCCAUUACUCUUUUUCUGUCAAUAGGUGUGGUAAUCAUCGGCUCCUACAUUGGUGUAGCACUCGUAGCCAGGUCUGUCUCAACAAACAAAGCAUCAGCUAGAAAGGCUCUUCAGACUCUCAUGCUUCACAUGAUUCAGCUAAUCCUGAUUCUCACCUCCACCUUUAUCACGACUGUCAUCAUAACCCUUGCUAGAAUAGUUGGGAGAUUGGCCCUUAUGCGUGUUUACAAUGUAUGCUUUGUGUGCUUCAAUAUCCUUCCAAAGUGUCUGAGUGCUCUUAUUUAUGGUCUCAGGGAUCAAACUAUCAGAGCGGUCCUCAUGCAGAAUCUGUGCUGUCAACUCACUCUAUCUUUGACAGAAACUAUUUCAGUUAAAAAUCAGCAUUGUGAGGACAUUUCUGUGUUGUUGGGACAUAACAACUUGGCCUGUCCUCACAACUUCAGAGGGCUGUUGGAAGUUUCAGACUUGGUUUUAAGUUCAAGGAACUCUUGUGCGGUCAUUUGUUCAGAUUGUCCAGUCACAGUGCCUGUUGGAGGUCCUGAUGUAUUGAAGUCAGCAGAACCACAUCAUCAGGUGGUGGACCCACAGGCCAAGUCCUGGUACAUUAAGGAUAAUCUAUAUUUAUGGGAGCUGGAGCUGUCCAGACCUUAUGGAGAGCCUGAUGUAAAGCACGGGGGUAUUCCCAGUCAGCCAUCUACGAAGCUGCUUGUUGAAUUUCCUUUCUACUCCUUCAACAGUUAA